GUUUGAAAUGACGGGCGGGCACCCGCCAUGGCAGCGUCUCACCGGCGGUCUAGGACGCGGCUCUUUCGAACGUACGCAGCGAGGGGCGUCCGGGGGUCGCAGCGGCAGCCUGGCCGGCUGGCUGUACAAUGGUUCCAGCCACCGAACCCGAAGCGCGCCUUCAGCAGCAGCCUCAGCGACAGUAACCUAUCGCCGGCUGUCGCUUCCGACGACCCGGACGACCCCGACUUCCCGGACAGCACCGUGGGUCCGCGGCACCGGCGUCCCCGGGGCCGCCACUCCCGGAACCAGCGGACUCUGACAGACACUCAGAGAGUCCGGAGGCUGCGACCUCGGCCCCCGCAGAAGUGCAGCACCCCGUGCAACCGGCUGCGACCGCCACCUUUCCCCAGCUGCAACCCGGGCUGCGUCGGCUCGGACCUCAGCGUGUGCAUCCAGUCCAGGGACAGCAACGAGCUGGGCACCAGUGCCUCCCUUUUCAGCUCUCCGGUCUCGCCCGGAGCCCCCGACUCUCUAGAUGCAGACCCUACAGUCCCCGGGGACUUCCACUUCCCGUCAGCCUCCCUGGGUGAAGCGUCUGUGUCCUGCCCCCAGGAGGUAGCAACCGAUGAAGGCAGGUACACCAGGAGGGCCCACCAUCCCGAAGCCAGCUUCAGGUCAUCUCUCUUUAGCCUUGAGGACUCGGGGACCACAAAAGAUAACGAGUUUGGGACAGAUGGGGAGAAUGCGAAGGUAUCGUGUUGUGAAAGACAGCAGAUGGGAAACAGACUAACGGACCCUGAUCUGGCCAGCCGGGGAAAGAGAACGACCAAAAAGGUUGCGUCCCAAGAAGUCGACCAGAUAGACCAUGGGGAUCCCAGUGCUUGCAAAGACUUUCGUGUACCAGGGGAAAUCAGCAGGCCCAAGAGAACUGAGCCACUCCGGAAGAGGAAACAACAAGUAGCCAUGGGAACCUCUCCUCUCCACUACCACCAAUCUAAGAAGAAAAGGAAACAUUCAGUCUCCUCCCGUGACUUGCAUACUAGCCAUAAGGAUUCUUGGGCCAAAACCAGAGCCUCCUUCGGUUUCCAUAAGAAGAAAAUUAUAACCAGUGUGUUGGAGGUAUGCAGCAGUUCGGUUGCCAGUUCUCCCUCUAGGUCCCUCCUGUCUGAAUGUUCAACCCCUCCUAUCACGGACAGAACCAACAGUACUGUUUCUUCUCGACGAUCUUCUAUGUAUUUGCUAAGCCCCUUAAAGACCCUGCAUGUCACAGACAAAAGGCCAUCUUACGCUGAAAAGGUUUAUGGGGAGUGCAAUCAGGAAGGGCCUGUCCCGUUUAGUGAUUGCCUUUCCGCAGAAAAACUGGAACACUGUGAGAAGAUUGGGGAAGGAGUGUUUGGCGAAGUGUUUCAAGUAUUUAAUGACCAAACACCUGUAGCCCUAAAGAUCAUUGCUAUUGAAGGAUUAGAUUUAGUCAAUGGAUCCCACCAAAAAACCUUUAAGGAGAUCCUGCCCGAGAUCAUCAUCUCCAAAGAGCUGAGUUUCUUGUCUAGUGAGGUGUACAACUGCACGGGUGGCUUUAUUGGGCUGAACUCAGUACACUGUGUUCAAGGGCUUUACCCUCCCUUGCUGCUUAAAGCCUGGGACCACUAUAACAAAACCAAAGGAUCUGCCAAUGACCGGCCUGACUUCUUCCAGGAAGACCAGCUCUUUAUUAUCCUGGAAUUUGAGUUUGGUGGCAUUGACUUGGAGCGAAUGAAAACAAAGUUGUCCUCCGUGGCUACUGCAAAGAGCAUUCUCCACCAGAUCACCGCAUCCCUGGCUGUGGCAGAAGCGUCUCUGCACUUUGAGCACCGGGACUUACACUGGGGAAAUGUGCUCUUAAAGAAAACCAACGUCAAAGAACUCCACUACACCCUCAAUGGGAAAACUAGCACCAUUCCCACCCAUGGGCUACAAGUCAACAUCAUUGACUACACCCUGUCCCGCUUGGAGCGGGAUGGGAUUGUGGUUUUCUGUGAUAUCUCCACUGAAGAGGACCUAUUUACAGGAGAAGGUGACUACCAGUUUGAGAUCUACAGGCUCAUGAGGAAGGAGAACAGAAACUGCUGGGGUGAGUAUCACCCUUACAAUAAUGUGCUGUGGCUGCAUUACCUGGCAGACAAGCUUCUGAAUAAGGUGAAAUUUAAGACCAAAUGCCAGAGUGCAGCCAUGAAGCAAAUAAGGAAAAAACUGCAGCAUUUCCACAGCACUGUACUGAGCUUCAGCUCCGCCACUGACCUGCUCUGCCAACACAGUCUAUUUAAGUAAGCUAGGAACUUCAUUAAGUACACUUUGUAAGCCUCGGGUACUAUUAGCUAAUCUGUGCUACUUGAGCCGGGUGGAGGUGAAAGCCCAUCCAUCCUUCAAAGUUCCCUGUCAGCUUCUUAAAAGAGAAUCUUGUUUUUAAAGGUAACCAAAAUGUUUGUUGACAUGAUUAAACUUGCUUUUAACAAAUGUUCUUUAAAAAAAAAAAAUAAACUAGACAGUGGACAAGUGUA